ACUAACAGGAAUGCCAGAGGUUUAAAAAUAUAGCAGGGUUGCCAGAAGGUAUAAAUUUGUUUUGAAAUGUUUAAAUCUCAACUCUUUUUAUUCUUCUGUCAAAAUUUUCUAAAAUUCCUUCCUACUUUACAUAAUGCUUAUUUUACAACGAAACAUUUUGAAAUAUACACAUCUGGACAAUCUAAUUGCUCAAAGGGUUACCAAUACAUUUUUAAAAUAUUUUAGCAGCAAAGACGAGUGCAAGGGAGAUCAAGUAAAGAAGUUGAGUCUGAAAAAUGUCGAUGUAGCUGGCAAGAAAAUAUUUAUGAGGGUGGAUUUUAAUGUACCCAUGAAAGAUGGAAAAAUAACGAACAAUCAACGUAUUGUCGCUGCUCUUCCAAGUAUUAAUUUUGUUUUGGACAAGAAGUGUAAAUCUUUGGUCUUAGCCUCCCACUUGGGUCGUCCCGAUGGGAAAAAAGACAAAAAGUUCAGCCUGGAACCGGUGGCCAAGGAACUUGAGAAGUUGCUUGGAAAGCCAGUUUGUUUCUUGGACGACUGCGUGGGUGAUCAGACCAUAGAAGCUCUGAAGGAUCCACCCGAGGGCAGUGUCCUCCUACUGGAAAACCUUCGCUUUUACGCUGAGGAGACGGGGAGCAGCAAAGACGAGAACAAGAAGAAGGUGAAGGCCGAUCCUGCCAAGGUUAAAGAAUUCCGGGAGAAGUUGGCAAAGCUCGGCGAGAUCUAUGUGAACGAUGCCUUCGGAACAGCCCAUCGUCCUCAUAGUUCCAUGAUGGGGGAAGGCUACAAAUUGCGAGCAGCUGGUUUUCUGAUGGACAAGGAACUGGAGUACUUUGCGAAGGUUCUGCACAAUCCAGCAAAGCCCUUUCUGGCCAUUUUGGGUGGCGCCAAGAUAGCUGAUAAAAUUCCCCUGAUAACAAAUCUCCUGAAUAACGUUUCCUCCAUGAUUGUUUCCGGAGGCAUGGCCUUCACCUUCCUCAAAGUCCUAAAUAACAUGGAGAUUGGCAAAUCUCUCUAUGACGAAAAGGGAGCCGAGAUGGUAAACGAUAUCGUUUGCAAGGCGAAAGACCAGAAUGUUAAAAUACUCCUUCCGGUCGACUUUGUGAUCGCCGAUAAGAUCGACAAGAAGCCAGAUAAAAUCGAUCGUGUGGACGCCAAGCAGGGUAUUCCGAAAGAUAUGAUGGGUCUGGAUCAUGGCGAGAUAUCCAGCGCUAUUUUCGCCGGCGCAAUCUGUGCGUCGAAAACCAUUGUGUGGAAUGGACCGCCGGGCUUGUUCGAGAACGAGUUGUUUUCCCAAGGCACCCAGUCCAUGUUGGAGGCGAUUAUCGGAGCCACUAAGAGGGGAGCCACCACAAUUGUGGGCGGAGGAGAUACGGCCACGGCGUGUAUGCAGUUCGGAGGUGCCGACAAGGUCUCUCAUGUGUCCACCGGAGGAGGGGCAUCCCUCGAGUUGCUGGAGGGCAAGGUCCUGCCGGGAGUGGCUGCUCUCUCAGAUGCCUAAAGAGAAAACCUAAUCUUACUAUUUUCUUGGAAGAAUAACAACUCUUUCUCAAAAUA